AUGAAGUUCCUCAACUUUCGCCUCGGUGCUGAAGCUGCCGUGUCAGCCCUAGCCGCGCCGGCUGGCGAUGCUCUCACCACAUUCAGAACACAGAAGCGUGCUCCUAAGUUCCAGUUCGUGGGUAUCAAUGAGGAUGGUGCCGAGUUUGGCAAGGACACUCUCCCCGGACAGUUAGGCAGGUACUACAUCUGGCCAUCAAAGUAUAGCAUUGACACUCUCAUCGGCCGGGGGAUGAACAUAUUCCGCAUCCCGUUCAUGAUAUAUCGUCUUGUUCCCAAUAGGCUGAAUGGUCCCAUCGACAGUACCUAUGCUCAGGGGCUCAUUGACAUCGUCAACCACAUCACUAGCAAGGGGGCCUAUGCUGUGCUUGAUCCACACAACUUCGGAGUGGUCGACGACCGUAGCCAACUGUUUGCUGACAAUGACAAGGUCAUCUUCAACACGAACAAUGAGUACCACGACAUGGACAACCAGCUCGUCUUACCCCUAAACCAGGCAGCCAUUGAUGGUAUCCGUGCUGCGGGAGCCACUUUACAGCUGAUCUUUGUCGAGGGCAACUCAUGGACGGGCGCCUGGACCUGGGUCUCUACAGGCAACGGUGCAACCCCCCUCAACCCCAAUGACCCAGCCGCGCCAGACGGCUCCAAGAUCAUCUACGAAAUGCACCAAUACCUCGACACCGACGUCUCCGGCACAUCUGAUAACUGCGUGUCCUCAACCAUUGGCGAACAACGCCUUCGCGAAGCAACGUCCUAG